GGAGGUCCCGCGCUCCUGCGGGGGGCGCUCGGGGCGGCGCAGUGCCGGGCGUGCAGCACCGGGGCGCCCGUGCGGGCACCCACCGGCGCGGCUCAAGCUCAGGAACUGCAAAGCUCAGGAAGAGCACGUUUUCUGCUGGAACAUGCUGCUCCCUUCUCUGCUUUUUUGACUGACAGCUUUGGACGUCAGCACAACUACUUGAGAAUUUCUUUGACAGAGAAGUGCAACCUCAGGUGUCAGUACUGUAUGCCAGAGGAGGGUGUUCAGCUGACUCCUAAAUCAGAGUUACUUACUGCUCAGGAGAUAAUCACUCUGGCUGGACUGUUUGUGAAAGAAGGUGUAGAGAAGAUCCGUCUGACAGGAGGAGAACCACUUAUCCGGCCUGAUGUGGUUGAUAUUGUGGGUCAACUGUACAAGCUAGAAGGGCUGAAAACCAUCGCUGUCACAACCAAUGGGAUCAACUUAGCCAGGUUAUUGCCCCGACUGAAGGAGGCAGGACUGAAUGCCAUCAACAUUAGCCUGGAUACUUUGGUUCCAGCUAAAUUUGAGUUCAUUGUCCGGAGGAAAGGCUUUCACAAGGUAAUGGAAGGAAUCCACAAAGCCACUGAACUUGGCUACCGUCCUGUUAAGGUAAACUGUGUGGUGAUGCGAGGUUUGAAUGAGGAUGAACUGCUGAACUUUGUGGAUUUCACAAAGGAUCUGCCCCUUGAUGUGCGGUUCAUAGAAUAUAUGCCCUUUGAUGGCAAUAAAUGGAACUUCAAGAAGAUGGUGAGCUACAAAGAAAUGCUUGAUACAAUUAAACAACGAUGGCCUGAAUUAGAGAAAUUGCCCUGUGAAGCUUCCAGCACAGCCAAGAGCUACAAGGUGCCACAUUUCCAGGGACAAAUUAGUUUUAUCACCUCCAUGUCAGAGCACUUCUGUGGAUCCUGCAAUCGGCUGAGGAUAACAGCAGAUGGGAACCUGAAGGUGUGCCUGUUUGGGAGUUCAGAAGUGUCCUUGAGAGAUCACUUACGGUCAGGUGCCUCAGAAGAAGAGUUGGUUCAAAUCAUUGGAGCAGCAGUGAGCAGAAAAAAGAAACAGCACGCUGGCAUGUUUAACAUUUCCCAGAUGAAAAACCGUCCAAUGAUCCUGAUUGAGCCUGCAUUGAUGUCAUUCCCUCUAUGCCAAGAUGCCCUACAGAAUCUCCCAUAUUCAAAACUGUGGGGCCACGCAUUUAGCCAUUGGCUAACUUUGAGAGCAAGUUUAUCCAAGCAAAUGGGAAAAGCAUUAAUAAGAAAUAAACUUACAAAACAGCUUAUCCUGCCAAGACUUCACCCAGAGCAACAGUGGUACCUAAGGACAGGAAUUCUACAAACCCAGCUGAGAGGCUUCUGUGACUUCCAAAAGGACUUGAGCUCCACAUCUGACACAAAGUGCCUUGAGGCUUCUUCUGUUGGCCAAGUUUCUAUGGACUGUCAGUCCAAAGAGGCAAGUCCAGGAUCUGAAUUCUCUAACAGGAAUUCAGGAUCUUGCACCAGGAUCCAUCGUGCCUCUAAUAACUUGACUCACACAGAUGAGGAAGGACGGGCCUCAAUGGUGGAUAUUGGAGGGAAACCAGAUUCCAGAAGAAGUGCUGUUGCUGUUGCUUUUGUUCGCCUGGGUGAGAAGGCAUUUGAGAUGGUGAGGCAGAACCAAAUGAAAAAAGGGGAUGUGCUGGCAGUAGCACAGAUUGCAGGAAUUCAGGGAGCUAAACUGACCAGCCAGUUGAUCCCUUUGUGUCACAACAUCCCUCUUAGCCAUGUUGAGGUGUCCCUGAGCCUGGAUGAGGCCAGUUGUGCUGUGAUGAUUCGCUGCUCCUGCCAGACCUGGGGGAAGACAGGUGUGGAGAUGGAAGCUCUGACAGCUGCCAGCCUGGCUGCCCUGACUGUGUAUGACAUGUGCAAAGCAGUCACUCAUGACAUUGUCAUUGAGGAGGUGAAGUUGCUUAGUAAGACAGGUGGGCAGAGAGGAGACUUCUCUAGAAGUUUAGAGUCUACAUCAUAUCCAGACACUUCUAGCCCUCUAGAUAACCACUGCUAGAACACAGCCUCUUACAGAACAGCUUUCACUCAGCAGUAGUAAGCUUGUAGACCUCAGUAUAUUACUAUACAACUCUCAUUUUGCCUUACCCUGUCACUUAUUUCUGAAUGAACAGAGGAGCCACUUAGCCAGCUGCUGAGUAAGUGGGUUUUUUAGAGGACAGACUUCUCUGCUCAGCCAGUAGUUUCAUUUUAGUGUCCUCACCAUGAGGUUGAGCAAAGAUUCCUAGUUAUAGUACAGAAGGUUUCUUUUUCUUCUUGCUGUGAAAUAUUCACAGCUGCUGUCAUCACACCAUGCAACUGUGAGCUCUGGAAAUGAAACAAGUGUUGAAAGUACUGUUAUUUGGCAACUAUUCUUAAGUCAAGGAUUAGGAUUUCAGAACUGCUUCUGUCUGUCUGUGCCCCCAUCCCCUCAGAUGAGUUUAGAUGGUGACAGGGAGAAGAAAACAGCUCUGAGAAUUUAUUGUACGUCAGAGAUUAUAGUCGUGGAACAGUCAGAGUCAGAGGGUCAGCUCCUGUCCCUUUUCAGUGCUACUGCAGUGGGAAAUAUCCACCUCUCAGUUUCAAAACUAAAGGAGAUUGCAGCUGCCCAGCUCUACCUUGAACACUGUGAAAUAUGGUGUAGAACAUCAGGUUUCUGGUGUUGGAAGAAUUACUUGGCUGAUCUGAAAGGUAACUUUUACAAUUUCAGAAGCAUGUUCCAGCAUUUUGAUCUUGGCACUCAAAUACAUUGAGGCACUGUCUGCAUGCAUGUCUGCAUUAAGAGUUUGAUUAUGCCAUGCAUGGAAGUAGGUUUCAGCUCUCCCUGACUUUACUAAGAGCUGUCAGAUCAAGCCCCAGAAGACUACACUUUUUUAAUUUUACAGUGCAGCUCCUAGUAACCACCAAGCUGCGUGGUCCUGACAGGGGAAAGACUAAGACCAGCAGCCACUUACUUGGAGGACUGGGAUUGUUGCUCUUGCCUCAGCCAGUGUGUUUUCCUGCAUUCUUCUCUAACUCGCUUUCCUGAAGUCUGCAAGUAUUUAAGUGGUCCCAUGUAAGUUGCCAGAAGUCGAUUGUCAUGUAGCUCUGAAUAGCUUUGAUAAUUGACUGUCCUAAAAAGAAGUUAAUCAGCAUUUCAUUUCAGGUGGAUCCCUUUUAAACAUUGAUUUAUAUGCACUGAAGAUGAUAUUUUCAACUUUGGUUUACUUAUUUUCUAGUACUUAUGGCUAAUGUGAAGCUCCAUAUGGUUCAGGGUGCUGCCUCUCAAUACGCACAGAGAGUUGAAGACAGCUUUAACUUAAGGAGGCUGCUGGGAAAAUUGUCUUAAACUUUGCAAGCCAUUGCUUCUCAUGGAAUAUGGUUAAACUGUGAGCAUCAGUAAAGAACACAGCACAGUCACGCACAUCCUGCUCCUUUAAAGUAAGCACAGGUCCAAUAUGAGGAGUCAGUAGAAAAUGCUACAAAUGUGUUCACUUAUACAUUAUGAAUCUCAUACAGUAGUUAACCAGAAAGCACUUUUUCCAUUGCAGGUUAAUUAGAUUCUUUUUUUCAUUGUCAUUGAGGUCAGGCACACAGAACAGCUACUGCUGAGCAAGCUCAGAAAAGCAGAGGGAGUCUACAUAACUUAAUAACAGAGAUGCUCAACACUACAAACAUUUGUAGGCCUAUAUUCACUGUUAUAUUCCUGUUUCCAUCAAUAUCACUAAACUGUCUGUAAAUCAAUAGUAAGUCAGCUUAACAUUGUACAGGGGAUGGCAGUGAAUUAUCUCACUCGAACACCUUCCCCAGAUAGACACUGAGAAUUCCAGCUGACCCUGCAACCAUAAGAGACCAUGUUCAUCUGUGGAAAUGCUGUGCACAUCAUCUCCCCUCAUCAGUGUAGAAACAAAUCCCCUGGAAAAAGCAGCAGGCAUGUAACCUGCUAUGUUAGCUGACUUACACAAGCACUUAACUUCCCCCCCCUACCCCCACCAUGCACAGCACACGCUGCCAUCCCUUCGCCCAAUCUUGAAAAAUUAAAGAAAACCAGAUAUACUCAGUAGUAAUAAAACAAUGCUUGGGGCAUAUGAUUCUUUGGCUUCAGAGAUGUUUGCUGUCAUGCUGUAAAACUCACAGAAAAGACUUAAGGUCAUACCAGGUACAUGAUUACCACAGCACAUGAUUACCACGCACAUCUUACCACUUAACGCACAUCUCACUACAUACUUUCCUGGGUUGAGAGUGACUAGAAGCUUUGGGCAAAUGUACUUUGGUGCCAUUUUAUGCUCAUGUUCUAUUGUCAAGUCUCGAAACUAUGCACAUUUAUAGAUGAUGAAACAUACUUCAACAGAACAUUUUACAAAAGAAAUGAGCUGGUAUAUUUCAGUGGUGCUGGGUGGGCAAUGGUACAAUGUGAUGAAUACUUUUCGAAGGCUUGCUUUUUUGUUCACUGUUUUUAAUAAAUGCUUGUUGUAAUUGUUUCACAUUGUUUUGAAUACAUUUUUUUCCCAUUCACUCAUUGAAAGGAAUGCUUGUUUUUUUUAGUCCUCAGCUUCUAUAAGUAGUUAACUCAGGAUGAGCAACAAAACAGACUUUGAAAGUUACCGUGAUUAGUCAGCAACUAGGAGGAGAUCAGUCAGGAUAACAUUACUGCAAGGAAGCUACUAUUUCUUUUUAUGUUGCUGAGUGAAACUCAGCUCUACCUGACCGUACUUAAAUAGAAUGAUCUUGUAGGCUUAGCAGCAUAAUUUAUCAUUGC